AGCCGCCGGCUACUAUCUCAUCCUUGUCGCCGAUUGUAUAGCUUCGUGCAAAGCUUACUGCUGAAGUUCAAGAAAUCACCGGUGCCUCAAAGCCCCACAUUUCUGCAACGGCUUCCACUAUGCCUAUCUCCUCUUCGGCCAAAGUCCGAGUAGUCUCGCCUACACCUGCUAGUCCUCCGACAACAUCAAUUUCUUGGGCCCAAGCUGUUGAAAAUGAUUCUAAGAAAGGUACCCUUUCUUUCCAUCCCCCUGAGAUGCGUGAUGGUAAACUCCUGAAUAAACCUCCAAAAUCUGUUCAAGAAGAGGGUGUUAAAUCUUGGGAAGAUUGUUUGGUAGGAUCUUUCUUGGGAGGUUCUUCGCCCAGUUAUGGUGAUAUAGUAUACGUAGUGAACAAAGUUUGGGGCCGUAAAGAGAAAAUCCUAGUUACUGGAGUGGGGAACAAUACUUACCUAUUCAAAGUGCCUGACAUGUGUGAGAUAUGGGCUGAAACUAGGAAUUUGAUUCUUCGAUCUAAGGUUCCCAGGCAUGUAAAUCACAAGAGUCUGCAUCUCCAACAAUGGAAACCAAAUAUUGAACUUACCAAGGUGAAACCUUCUAAAUUGCCUAUCUGAGUAAAAGUCUGGAAUGUGCCUAUGUCACUAUAUAUAUACCCCUCAAGGAUUGGGCUACAUUGCUAGUGCAAUUUGGGUUCCUGUUUCUCUUGAUAAAACUGCUCUACAGAGCAGCUUGCACAAUUAAAGUUUGCACAAGUUU